UCCCCCACAUCCUUCUCUCAUCGAUAUAGAGAGGAGAAACCAAAAGAACCAGAAGGGAGAAGCAUGGUUUCAACGAGACGUAGUGGAUCUCUCUCUGGCAACAAUUCCAAAAGAUCUUCUUCUUCGGAUGAUAACCCUCCCUCACCGAAGCGUCAAAAGGCUGAAAAUGGCGGUCCGUCGGAGAAACCGAAGCCGGCAGCGGAGAAUUCUAAAGAAGUAAGUACUCCUGAGCCGGCGGUUGAUCCUGGAGAAUGCGAUGCUCAGAUCGCUGGAGAUGGCACUGGUGAUGGCCUUACUUCUGGCAAGGGUGAUGCUGCGGCGGGUGUCGCUGUGGCGCUGCCGAUCGGUGAUGGGUCUUCGCCGACUUUGGUUGUUGAUAAGCCCAGGGGUUCCUUGUCUUCGUGGAAUAUAUAUCAGAAGCAAAGUCCAAGUUCUGAGACCUCCGCACCUUGGUGCAAGCUUCUGUCGCAGUCUGCCCUGAACCCAAAUGUUUCCAUUUGCACACCCAACUUCACAAUUGGUUCCAGUAGAAAUUGCAACUUUCCAUUGAAGGAUCAGACUAUAAGUGGAAAUCUAUGCAAGAUUAAGCAUACCCAGCGUGAGGGAUGUGCUGUAGCCUUGCUGGAGAGUACUGGUAGCAAAGGAUCUGUGCUAGUUAAUGGGACAAUUGUCAAGAAGAACGGCAACUGUGUGCUUAACUCGGGUGAUGAAGUGGUCUUUGGUUUGCUGGGAAAUCAUUCUUAUAUUUUUCAGCAGCUAAAUACUGAUGUUGCAGUUAAGGGUGCAGAAAUUCAGGGUGGUGUAGGGAAAUUUCUGCAGCUUGAAAGGAGAACUGGAGACCCCUCAGCUGUGGCUGGGGCUUCCAUUUUGGCUUCUCUUUCUAGCUUUAGACAAGAUCUCUCAAGAUGGAAAUCUCCGUCUCAGAAUAAUAAUAAAGCCCAGCAGGGUACUGAUGUCUCUGCUCAUUCUGCUCAUCAUGAUAAUACAGAAAUUGAGCUUGAUGGUCCGGAAGGCAACUCAGCUCCAAACGUAGAGAGUGACAAAGCAGCUGAUGUUGGAGCAAGUGACAAGAAUCAUCCAAUGGAAUGCGAUCCAGAUGCAAGCACGGAGGCAGGCAAUGUAAAACUUUCUGGGAUGACUGAUUUCCUAAGGCCUUUCCUCAGGAUCUUAGCUCGAUCUAGUUGUAAACUGAAUUUGAGCAAAAGUAUCUUUAAACAGGUAUUGGAAGAAAGAAAUGGGACGAGGGAUAUGCUGGCAGCAUCAACCUCGGGUAUGUCUGUGCGCUGUGCGGUGUUCAAAGAAGAUGUUCAUGCUGCAAUAUUGGAUGGAAAAGACAUAGAAGUGUCAUUUGACAACUUCCCAUAUUAUUUAAGUGAGAACACAAAAAAUGUCUUGGUUGCAGCUUGCUUUAUUCACCUGAAGCAUAAGGAACAUGCAAAAUACACAACAGAUCUUACAACUAUUAACCCUCGUAUUUUACUUUCUGGACCUGCAGGGUCAGAAAUUUAUCAGGAGAUGCUGGCAAAAGCACUUGCUAAUUACUUUGGGGCUAAGUUGCUCAUAUUUGAUAGCCAUUUGCUUUUGGGUGGUUUAUCAUCCAAAGAAGCAGAGCUACUCAAAGAUGGGCUUAUUGUUGAAAAAACCUGCAACUGCACCAAGCAAAGUUCUACAGCCACCGACUUGGCUAGGAAUGUGGACCCAUCAACUAGUGAAACAGAUACGCCUAGCCCUCCAAAUGCACCUACUUCUUAUGGCCUUGAAUCUCAACCUAAAACUGAGACCGAUACUGCGCCUUCCACUUCUGGGACAACUAAAAAUUGUUUGUUUAAAAUAGGUGACAGGGUGAAAUAUAGCUGCUCAUCUUCUGGUGGUUUGUAUCAGCCAUCCUCAAGGGGCCCACCUAAUGGAAGUCGGGGGAAGGUUGUUUUAUGUUUUGAUGAUAAUCCUUCGUCAAAAAUUGGUGUAAGAUUUGAUAAGUCCAUACCUGAUGGAGUUGAUCUUGGAGGUGCCUGUGAGGGAGGUCAAGGAUUUUUCUGCAAUGUUAGUGAUCUUCGAUUGGAAAAUAGUUUUGUGGAGGAGUUGGACAAAUUACUUAUCAAUACAUUAUUUGAGGUUGUUUGUAGUGAGAGCAGAACUGCGCCUUUCAUUUUGUUCAUGAAAGAUGCUGAGAAGUCUAUCGUAGGAAAUGGAGAUCCAUAUUCAUUUAAAAGUAGGCUUGAAAAGCUUCCAGACAAUGUGGUUGUUAUAGGCUCGCAUACUCACACUGACAGUCGGAAGGAGAAGUCACAUCCAGGGGGUUUGCUUUUUACGAAGUUUGGAAGCAAUCAAACUGCCCUUCUUGACUUGGCUUUCCCGGAUAGUUUUGGAAGAUUGCAUGAGAGGGGGAAGGAAGUCCCAAAGCCAAACAAAACUUUGACUAAGCUUUUUCCUAAUAAAGUUACAAUUCAUAUGCCACAGGAUGAGGCACUUCUAGCAUCCUGGAAGCAGCAGCUGGAUCGAGAUGCUGAGACUCUAAAAAUCAAGGCAAACUUGCAUCACCUGCGCACGGUUUUGAGUCGUUGUGGAAUGGAAUGUGAAGGACUUGAGUCUUUGUGCAUUAAAGACCAGGCGCUUACAAAUGAAAAUGCAGAGAAGAUAAUUGGUUGGGCUUUAAGCCACCACCUCAUGCAGAACCCUGAAGCUGAUUCUAAUUCCAAACUUGUAUUGUCUUGCGAAAGCAUCCAGUAUGGCAUUGGGAUAUUGCAGGCCAUUCAAAAUGAGUCCAAGAGCUUGAAGAAGUCUUUGAAGGAUGUUGUAACAGAAAAUGAGUUUGAGAAGAGGCUGUUGGCUGAUGUAAUUCCUCCUAGUGACAUUGGUGUUACUUUUGAUGAUAUUGGAGCUCUUGAAAAUGUCAAGGAUACACUGAAGGAGUUGGUGAUGCUUCCUUUGCAGAGGCCGGAGCUUUUUUGCAAGGGGCAAUUAACCAAGCCUUGCAAGGGUAUCUUAUUGUUUGGGCCCCCAGGAACUGGAAAGACAAUGCUUGCAAAGGCUGUUGCCACUGAAGCAGGUGCUAACUUCAUCAACAUUUCCAUGUCAAGCAUUACGUCUAAGUGGUUUGGUGAGGGUGAAAAAUAUGUGAAAGCUGUCUUCUCUCUGGCCAGUAAAAUUGCUCCUAGUGUUAUAUUUGUUGAUGAAGUUGACAGCAUGUUGGGCAGGAGGGAAAAUCCAGGGGAGCAUGAGGCCAUGCGCAAGAUGAAAAAUGAAUUCAUGGUGAACUGGGAUGGCUUACGUACGAAGGAUACCGAGCGAAUUCUAGUGCUUGCAGCCACUAAUAGGCCUUUUGACCUUGAUGAGGCUGUCAUCCGGAGGCUGCCACGAAGAUUGAUGGUAAAUUUGCCAGAUGCUCCAAAUAGGGCAAAAAUAUUGAAAGUUAUACUAGCAAAAGAGGAUUUGUCUCCUGAUGUCGACUUGGAAGCAGUUGCCAAUAUGACUGACGGAUAUUCUGGAAGUGAUCUCAAGAAUCUUUGCGUGACUGCUGCACAUCGCCCAAUUAAAGAGAUAUUAGAGAAGGAAAAAAAGGAGCGCGCUGCUGCUCUGGCAGAAGGCAGAUCUCCUCCGGCAUUAAGUGGCAGUGCUGAUAUCCGAUCUUUAAACAUGGAGGACUUUAAAGAUGCUCAUGAACGGGUAUGUGCAAGUGUUUCCUCUGAAUCCGUAAAUAUGACUGAGCUCUUACAAUGGAAUGAACUAUACGGCGAAGGUGGUUCGAGAAGAAAGAAAGCACUCAGCUAUUUCAUGUGAGAGUUUCUCCUCUGUACAAAUUUUCUCCCCCCAUUGCUGCCUCCAUCUCCCAAACCAUGCAUAUUUGUAUGGGCGCCUGCUGUCAAGCCAUUUCAUUUGUAAAAUGAAUUAUAGGUCCUUAAAAGACAAUUUUUUCUUACCAAUGGGAGGUGGGCUUUUGAAAGGAGUAUAGCCUCCCAGAGUUUUGGCCAUGCUCCUACAGCUUUUGUUUUGAUCCUCACCCCCUUGCUGCCAGCACAAAGGAAGCGCAUUGAAAUAUUUUUCCCCCCUAGAGUUAUGAUUAUGAGCUUACUAGUAAAACGUGAAAGAUGACAAGUUAGAUGACCCGGUGGAUAUGCUUAUGUUCAGUACUAAUAUUUGCUGGAACAAUAAACAUCUAGAUCAUGACCAUCACCUGCUGUAUGUACAUAAAUUGCAUGUUAGAGCCCUCGUUAGGUGGUUUCCUAUUUCCGCAAGUAAAUCAAGAUUUUAUUGGACUUGUGUAAUGCUGAUAAAUCUGUCAGUGUUCGAGUUUAAUUGAAUGCCAUUUACAGAGA